GGCAGCCUUACCUGUGCGCGCCUCUUCCAAUGGCAGCGCACCUGCCAGCCCGCGCCGCCCAAUCAGCGGGCGGCUCGUCCCUCUGUCCCGCUCCUUUAGUGAAAGAAUCCAGCGCCGCUUGGGAAAGUUACCUGUGCGCGCCCGGCCCGGCCGCUCUCCGCGCCGAGUCGAGCCCAGCCGUGCCGAGCCGUGCCUCGCCGGCGCCUCAGCCCCGCCGCUCCCCACAUGCGAGGGGGAGGGGGCUCUACCUGUCCUACCUUGGCGGCUGGCUGCGGAGCCGGGAGAGGGGGGGAAGGAAAGCAGAAUUACCAGUAGCUCUGGUUCUGCCGUCCCGGGCGUUCACACACACCUUUACCUGCACAGACCUGAAAGUCCAGUUCCGCCAGGGAGACGGAGGCACCGGGAAAAGGGGAGAGAGUUCAUUGGAUCAAACAUGUCACAAGAGACGGACAAUAACAAGCGACUUGUGGCCUUAGUGCCAAAUGACACUUCAUUCAACACCAGACGAGCCUACACCAGUGAAGAUGAAGCCUGGAAGUCGUAUUUGGAGAAUCCCCUAACAGCAGCUACCAAGGCUAUGAUGAGCAUAAAUGGGGAUGAGGACAGUGCUGCUGCUCUUGGCCUAUUGUAUGACUAUUAUAAAGUUCCCAGAGAUAAAAGGCUGUUGUCUGUUAACAAAGUGAGUGAUAAUCAAGAAGACCAAGAUAAAAGAAAUUGUCUUAAUACCACGGAAGCUCAGAGUAAUUUAAGUGGGGGAGAGAACCGCGUGCAAGUCCUGAAGACUGUGCCGGUUAACCUUUCCUUGAACCAAGAUCCUUUGGAGUCGUCCAAAAGGGAAUACAACACAAACGUGUCUGGGAGCUCGACACCCAUCACGGGGACUGGAGUGACUGUGGUUAAAGCAGAGGAGUUCACCCCUGUUUUUAUGACCCCACAAGCACACUAUGCAAGAGGAGAAAAUGAGGAGCACCGAGGGGUUAUCUUUGAACCAUACGAAGUGUCCAACAUUGCUCCCCACACAAAUUAUCUCAAAGAUGACCAGCGCAGUACUCCAGACAGUACGUACAGCGACACCUUCAAAGAUGGAGGAACAGAAAAGUAUCGCAGUGUGUCCGUGGGGGCUGAAGAAUAUAUUUACGAACAAACAAGCAGCACUUUUCAGUAUACGCUAGAAGCUACCAAAUCUCUGCGUCAAAAGCAAGGGGAGGGGCCCAUGACCUACUUGAACAAAGGACAGUUCUACGCCAUCACCCUGAGUGAGACGGGUGACAACAAAUGUUUCCGGCAUCCCAUCAGCAAAGUCAGGAGCGUGGUCAUGGUUGUUUUCAGUGAGGAUAAAAACAGAGAUGAACAGCUGAAAUACUGGAAAUACUGGCAUUCUCGACAGCACACAGCUAAACAGAGGGUCCUCGACAUUGCUGAUUACAAGGAGAGUUUUAAUACCAUUGGGAAUAUUGAAGAAAUAGCAUUCAAUGCUGUGUCCUUUACUUGGGAUGUCAAUGAAGAGGCAAAGAUUUUCAUCACAGUGAAUUGCUUGAGCACAGACUUCUCCUCACAAAAAGGAGUAAAAGGGCUUCCUUUGAUGAUUCAGAUUGAUACGUACAGCUAUAACAACCGCAGCAAUAAACCCAUCCACCGAGCCUACUGCCAGAUCAAGGUUUUUUGUGACAAGGGAGCAGAAAGGAAAAUCCGAGAUGAAGAGAGGAAGCAGAACAGGAAGAAAGGCAAAGGCCAGGCAUCCCAAGCCUCGUGUAAUAACUCAGCUGAAGGAAAGUUGAGUGCACUCCCACCGCAAAAAAAGAGCGAUAUCACCUUCUUCAAAACAAUGGCUGACCUAGAUUCCCAACCAGUCCUCUUCAUACCGGAUGUUCACUUUGGAAACCUACAAAGAACUGGACAGGUUUACUAUAAUACAGAUGAUGAGAGAGAAGGUAGCAGUGUCCUGGUCAAAAGGAUGUUCCGGCCUGUGGAGGAGGAGUUUGGUCCAUCCCCUUUGAAACAAAUGAAAGAAGAAGGCCUGAAAAGAGUGCUUUUGUAUGUGAGGAAGGAGACAGAUGAGGUGUUUGAUGCUUUGAUGCUGAAAUCACCCACAGUAAAGGGGCUAAUGGAAGCGAUCUCUGAGAAGUAUGGGCUGCCAGCUGAAAAGAUUGCAAAACUUUAUAAAAAGAGCAAAAAGGGUAUCUUGGUAAACAUGGAUGACAACAUUAUUGAGCACUACUCCAAUGAGGACACGUUCAUCCUGCACAUGGAGAGCAUGGUCGAAGGCUUCAAGAUCACACUGACAGAGAUCUAGCCUCAGGCAGAGCCUUUUUGUAAGGAACCACAGCAUUUCAUCCUUCUUGGAAAACAGAAGAUUCCCCGGGAACUUGACAGACGUUGAUCAGAGAAACUGUUACAAGACUGCUUCGAAAAUAACUGUCCAUUCUGCAUGUGUGCACCCACUGCAUAUAGACUUGGGUUUGUCAAGCACAAGGCCACUCAUGUUAACCUGGUCCCUUAUUUAUUGUUCCCCACUCUCUAGUGUACAAGCAGUUACCAGCCCCCAGAUUUGUAACCAGAUGACCCACUGCAAAUGUGAAAUGCAGCAUUUUAAUCCAUACUUUAGUGUGGAUAAGAUCAUUCUAAAACAUGUUAAGGAACCUUGCUGGUCUAGUUUCAGAAAUCUGGUGUAAAUCACUUUACCAGUAGUUCUCUCCGUCAUUGCUAAAAUACUGGUGCAGUGCUAAAGAUGGGGAAAGUGGCUGACAGAGUUCACUUGCUCAUACUGAUCUGUAUCUCUCUCUAGUGUAUAGUCUUGCCAAAUACCUCUGGUAGUUCUCAGCAUGUAGCAAUGAGGACUUGUAAGUAAGGCAUUCAGCUACAAAUGUCACUUGUAAGUAAAUGGUAAAGAAACCAUUUUAACCUUGUAUAUAAUGUUUAUAAUAUGCAAUAAUAUAUUUUAACUACUGUAUGUGGGCAUGUUUACUGCCACUAUGUUUUUGUAUGUAUUGGGUUUAGGGUUUAACAGAAUCUUUCCUAGAG